GCGAAAACUGAGGGGGUGAAGGCAGAAGAAGUGUCUGUAUCCGAAGUAGUUUCCAAAAUUGUAUCCGGCGUUGCUGAAGAUAUCGAUAAUGUCCAAGAUGGCCUAGCUAAAGAAGUGGCUUCAGCUGCUGGCGAGGAAGAUCCGAGCCUGCUGCAAACGAUAGAGGGAGGUCUCGUAGUUGUAGAGAAGGAGGUAGUGAAAGGCGUGGUCGAGACUGUCCAAGCCGUUGAGGCACACCCUGAGCUGAUCGCUGAGUGAGAAUGGUUUCCGUUUUCCAAUUUUACAAAUGACUAACAGAUCCAGGGGAGUGUUGGCUGCUGCAGUUGGUGCGGCAUCGUUUGUCCAGCCCGAGCUUCUUCCGGGAGCAAUCGCGAUUGUGGGGAAGAUGGCCUCGGAUUCUAUGAAGAAGACGGUUGUUAAGAUUGCUACAGACGAAGGAAAGAAGAUUGGGGCAGCCAUUGGCAAGGACAUCUCAGACGCUGCGGCAAAAGAGAAAGCAGCAAAAGCAGCAAAGGAAGGUGCUGAUGGCGCGAAGGAGAAUGGUCUUGCAAAAGAGGGGGUAUCGGAUGUAAAGAUCGCUCCCAUCGAGGCAGUUAAGGAUGCACCAAAAACCGAGACAUCAAGUGCGCUCACCAACGGCCAUGAGAAUACAGAACAUCCAUUGGAGGAAAAGUUGACCAAGCCUGAGAUCUCAGGAGCACCAGCAACGGAAGAAUCUGCCAAGUCCACGAAGCAUGAAGGUACAUCAGCUGAAGCAGCCCCAAGUGCUCCCAAGGAGGUUGAGGAAUCUUCCAGUAAAGUCGAAGUCAAGUCAGAAUCCGAACCAAAGCCAACUCCAACAACUGUGGAAGCAAAGGGGGUCCCAAUCCCCACGCCAGAGCAGUCUUCAGCCUCUCAACAAGAAUCCAAACCUCCCAUCAUUGCGGCAUCAGCAUCGAUCAGCAAGGCCAUGACGGCGACGAAAACCACAAAUGGCGAGCCCGCCCAAGGUGUCGUUAAAGCUGUCGAGGUGGCCGCAAAGCCAAUCCCAAUACCCGAAAAGGCCAAAAAAGCCCCUGUUCCCACACCAGAGCAGCAGCCAUCACCCUCCCAACCAGAAUCCAAACCUCUCGUCCUUGCCGCUGCAGCAUCUAUCACCAAGACAACGGUCACCACAAAAACCACAAACGAAGAGCCUAUUACUUCCCCAGAAAAGCCCAUGGCGAAUAUCUCCCAGGAGAGUCUAGAUCAGCUUCAUCAAAGUAUGUUUCCUCUUUACUUCUGAACUGCCUCACUGACCUCUCCACAGAAAUCGACACCUUGCACCUGGCCAUAAAGCAGAUAACAGAGACCCUUGCUCUUCAUCUCCCGCCUCCAACCCCA